AUGAAGGGCGAGAUUCUUCACCUUCAUCUCGGUCAGGCCGGUACCCAGCUGGGUAACUCUGCUUGGGAGCUCUACCUCCUCGAGCACGGCCUCGGCUCAGAUGGUCGUCCUGACCCCAACGCCAAGGACGUCGUCGAUGGCGGUUCCUACGAGACCUUCUUCACCGAGACGAGCGGAGGAAAAUACGUUCCUCGCUCCCUCUUCGUCGAUCUCGACCCCUCUCCCAUCGACGAGAUCCGAACUGGCGGCUACCGUCAGCUCUUCCACCCUGAGCUGUUGAUCAGCGGCAAGGAGGAUGCUGCCAACAACUACGCUCGUGGUCACUACACCAUCGGCAAGGAGAUGGUCGACAAUGUCAUUGACCGUGUUCGCCGCGUCGCUGACAACUGCCACUCCCUCCAGGGUUUCCUGAUCUUCCACUCCUUCGGCGGUGGUACCGGUUCUGGAUUCGGUGCCCUCCUCCUCGAGCGCCUCUCCACAGAGUACGGCAAGAAGUCGAAGCUUGAGUUCGCCGUCUACCCCGCCCCUCGCGUCUCGACUGCCGUCGUUGAGCCCUACAACGCCGUCCUGUCUACCCACAGCACCAUUGAGAACUCGGACUGCACUUUCCUCGUCGACAACGAGGCUGUCUACGACAUCUGCCGCCGCAACCUCGACAUUCCCCGUCCCGGUUACGAGCACCUCAACCGCCUGAUCGCCCAGGUUGUCUCCUCCAUCACCUCCUCCCUCCGUUUCGAUGGUGCCCUCAACGUCGAUCUCAACGAGUUCCAGACCAACUUGGUCCCCUACCCUCGUAUUCACUACCCCUUGAUCAGCUACGCUCCCGUCAUCUCUGCCAACAAGAGCUCCCACGAGAGUUUCAAGGUCCAGGAGCUCACCUUCCAGUGCUUCGAGCCCAACAACCAGAUGGUCGUCUGCGACCCCCGCAACGGAAAGUACAUGGCUGUUGCCCUUCUGUACCGUGGCGACGUCGUCCCCCGCGACUGCAACGCCGCCAUUGCUGCCCUCAAGGCCAAGUCCUCAUUCAACCUGGUCGAGUGGUGCCCUACCGGUUUCAAGCUCGGAAUCAACUACCAGAAGCCCAUGGCCGUUCCCGCCGCCGCUGGCGAUGGUGGUCUUGCCUCUGUCGACCGCUCCGUCUCCAUGUUGUCCAACACCACCGCCAUCGCCGAGGCCUGGUCGAGACUGGACCACAAGUUCGAUCUCAUGUACAGCAAGCGUGCCUUCGUCCACUGGUACGUCGGUGAGGGUAUGGAGGAGGGUGAGUUCAGCGAGGCCCGGGAGGAUCUUGCUGCACUUGAGAAGGAUUACGAGGAGGUUGCUGCCGACUCGUACGAGGGCGAGGAGGACGAUGCCGAGUACUAA